CUCUCUGCUGGCGCGCUUGCCUGAUGCGCAGCGCCUCCCCAACUGGUCCCUCACUUUGACAAAUUCUUGGACGUGAGUGGUUCUGCUGAAUGGAUUUUUUUUUUUUUUUUACUUGCAGACAUGAUUCUCUAAAUAUUUGAGAAAUCGAACAGUUUUGCCGCACUAUUAUCUGCUCUGCAAAGGAGGGCUGCCCGAAUUGGAGAGCACAAUGACACUUUGGUCAUUUUGGAGUUGCUUUCUUUUGGCGUUCAUUCAGCUAUUCCCCUUUCACCUCAAGUUGGCGACUCGGGCGGAGAUAAGUUUUCCUAGACUGGCAAACAGAUUGUACCCCAUGGAGGUAACGACGCCGAUGGGACAUAUGAUCAGAAAAUCAGCGGGGAUGAAAGUCUCGCUGAAAGUCAGUGACCGCAAUGAAGUUUUGCACAUGUCUGAAACUGACGGACCCCCGAGACCAAAAUAUAAGCAGGAGGUGAAAAAUGAAACCGUGAUUACAAAUGGCUCAACGGUAAACAAUUUCAGCACUCUCAAAAUACCAGACAAAAAGUGUGACAAUAUUUCGACGGCAGUGAUUGAAACACCCAAAGCCACAUUUUCAAUCGGGGAAAGGAAGAAAAGAAGUGUCGGCGUGUCCUACAACGAACAUUUGGACAGGAGUAUCACUGGGGAAGCGCGCAGGUCCGUGAGAACUGUCCAAGAUGCUUCGAACUUCAGAGGAGAGUACCGGCGCACGGGGGAGGAAAGCAGGGGCUCAAACCCGAAGCAGAGCGAGCCUCACCUGGACACCUCCACUUUUGCUCUGUCGGGGGACUCGACGCACAACCAGGCGAUGGUGCACUGGUCCGGCCAGAAUAGCAGUGUGAUCCUGAUUUUGACUAAGCUGUAUGACUUAACCAUGGGGACCGUAACCGAGAGCUCACUCUGGAGAUCCACUGAUUGUGGCAGCACCUACACCAAACUCAAUGAUAAAGUGACCUCCAGGACAGUUUUAAGCUACCUGUAUGUCUGUCCUACCAACAAGCAAAAGAUAUUGAUGCUUAGUGACCCAGAGGUAGAGAGCGCUGUUCUCAUCAGCUCAGAUGAAGGGGCAAGCUUCGAGAAGUUCCCCAUUAACUUCAACGUCCUCAGCCUCCUCUUCCACCCUGCACAGGAGUACUGGAUUCUGGCUUACAGUCAUGACUACAAGCUCUACAGCUCAAUGGACUUUGGGAAGAAAUGGCAGCUUGUCCACGAAAACGUGAUGCCAGGCAGAUUCUACUGGGCGGUAAUGGGGCUGGACAGAGAAUCAGAUGUGGUCCACAUCGAGACGCGCAUCGCAAAAGGCCGAGCUCAGUAUGUGAAGUGCAGAGCCCAGAGAUGCACAGAGGGCGACAGACAGUAUCUCUUUCCUGGACACGUAGACACCAACUCCCUCGUUGUGCAGGACGAAUAUGUUUUCACACAGGUAACCAAGUCAGGACGAGCCAGUUACUUUGUCUCCUACAUGAGGGAAUCCUUCAGGCAGAUGAAAUUACCAAAGUACUGUUUGCCGAAGGACAUGCAUAUUAUCAGCACAGAUGAGAAGCAGGUAUUUGCUGCUGUCCAGGAGUGGAACCAGAACAACACUUACAGCCUGUAUAUCUCAGACUCCCCCGGCGUCUACUUUAUCCUUUCAUUAGAGAAUCUGAGGACCAGCAGAGGGCCUGCUGGUAACCUACUGGUUGAUUUUUACAAGGUUGAGGGCAUAAACGGAAUGUAUCUUGCCAACAAAAUAGUGGAUAAUCAUAUUAAGACUUUCAUCACAUACAACAAGGGACAGACAUGGGCUCUGCUGCCAGCGCCAGCAACAGAUGUGUCAGGAAAAAACCUUCACUGCAUUUUGCCAUUUUGCUCGUUGCAUCUCCAUCUGGAGAUGUCAGAGAAUCCCUACACAUCUGGGCCCAUCAACAGCAAAAAAUCUGUCCCAGGAAUUAUUGUGGCCACAGGAAACAUUGGAAAUGAGCUGUCCUCUACCAACCUUGGGAUGUUUAUAACAUCAGACGCAGGGAAUAGCUGGAGACAGAUUUUUGACGAAGAGUACAAUAUUUGGUUUCUUGACAACGGAGGAGCUUUGCUUGCAGUUCUUCAUGCGGCAAUGCCUAUUAGACAACUAUGGAUCAGUCUUGAUGAAGGGAAGAAAUGGGAUCGCCACAGUUUUUCCUUGGUGCCUCUGUAUGUGGAUGGAGUUUUAAUGGAGCCUGAGUCUGACAAUCACAUUAUCACUUUUUUCGGACACUUCAGCCACCGUUCAGAGUGGCAGCUGAUCAAGAUUGACUACAAGGGUCUUUUUAGCAGGAGAUGCAUGGACGGUGACUAUCAGACAUGGUCCCUGCACAACAAGGAAGAGCAGUGUGUGAUGGGUGAGAAGCAGAAGUAUAUGAAGCGGCGGCCUGGCAACCGUUGCAUGUUGGCUCAAGAUUAUUCCAGGAUCUACUCCUCAGAGCCGUGUCCCUGCAACUCCUAUGAUUUCGAAUGUGACUAUGGCUGGGAGCGCCAGGCGGAUGGGAAGUGCUCUCCUGCUUUUUGGUUUAAUCCAAAUGGUGUGGCUAAAAGCUGCAGCUCCAGCCAAAGCUUCCUUAACAGCACAGGGUAUCGUAAGGUUUUGUCCAAUAACUGUAAGGAGGAAGGAAGAAAUGUGUACUUGCCUAAGAGGGUUGCAUGUCAACCCAAACCACCCCAGGGCCUGCAUCUGUCCACCAGCCACGGAGAACUCAGUGCUGCCAUUGGAAGCAAUGUUACUUUCAUGAUCCACCUUGAUAAUGGAGAGUCUCCGAGCACCAGCAUCCAGCUAGACUUCGGGGACGGAAUCAAGAUCACAUACUCUAACCUGAGCCGGACCGACGACGGCAUCAAGCACAUCUACAGAAAGACUGGGAUUUACCGUGUGAUAGCUACUGCAGAAAACAACCUGGGAUCUGACAGCAGCGCACUUUUUUUGCACAUCACCAGUCCAGUGGAUCGUGUGUAUCUCUCCGCUCCUAUUGUGGCCAUCAGGGAGAAAGCAGCUAAUCUCACGGCAGUAGUUUGGCCAAGCCACACAAGAACUCUGACCUUCUUUUGGUGGUUUGAAAACAGCUCCGAGCCCAUUAUAACUCUGGAAGGAAGCAUCUCGCACAUGUUUCUCAGAGAGGGAGAAAACAAGGUCACGGUCCAGGUUGCUUGUGGAAGCAGCGUAUUGGAAGACUCAAAAGUUAUAACUGUUAAAGAGUUCUUCAGGUCACUGCUGUUGUCGUUUUCACCAGCUCUUGACGAACACAAUCCUGACAUCCCCGAGUGGAGGGAGGACAUAGGCCGUGUGGUGCGGACAGCUCUGUCACAGCAGGUGUCCGGGGUUUCUGAGAGUCAGCUGAUGGUGUCUCUGUACCCUGGACUUCCGACCACAGCUGAGCUUUUUAUUCUGUCUGAUGAGCAAAUGUCAAGUGAGCACAAGAAAAGAAGCGAGGAGGCUUUGGAUACAAUAUCAGAUAUUUUUGUCACUGCCCUGACCCAAGACCUGGUCCAUUUUGAGCUAAAAGCAAAUAUUCACAUUGUCGUGUCCAUGACUCAGCAAACCUUGGCACCACUGGUGGAUUCAAACUCAAUUCACAGUGGGCCCGCAAUGCUAAUGCUGAUCAGCGUGGUCUUUGUUGGUAUAGCUGCAUUUUUUAUCUACAAAUUCAAAAGGAAAAUUCCUUGGAUCCAUGUGGAGACCGAAGACCCCCAUGAGAAGGAUCCAGAAGUGAUAAGCACAGUAGGUCAAAACGAUGCCAUGUCCAAGGUCAAGCUAAGCGAGUUUCCGUCUCAGAAAGAACUCAUGGAGAAAGAGCUGGAAGGCAGAAGCAGAGGAGGAUUUGGGAGAAAUAUGGAGAGAAUUGUGACAAGGGAAUUUCCUAAUUGUACUAACGUCUAAUACAUGAGUAAGUACUGUGUGUUGUGUUUUGAUUGUGCUUAGUUCGCUUUGUUAGAAUAUACAUAUAUAUAUAUAUAUUUUUUUUUUUUCAUUUAUGUCAUGCUGAUAGCUGCAAUUGUUCAAAGUCAUUUUUUUACUUCUCUGGAUAGGGUACGUAGUUUACAGUGUCUCAAUUGUAUCAAUUAUUUGCUCUGAAGGUGUCCAUCUACUGAAAUCAGUCCAGAUGGUCCUAAAACUGCCAUAGUGGUCACUAUAAACGUUUUAUAAAUGUCUUGAAAAUAUUGUCCAGAUUUUAAAAUAUUGGUCUGAGUUUAUUAUAUCUAAAUGAUUCUUCUUUAAAGUUAUCGACAGUCGCUAAAGUAAAAUAUGAAAAUAUUAAAAGUAUGUUUUAGAAAACAUUGGGAUCCAUUCACUGGCCACUUUAUUAAGUUUCAAUUGUCUCUACCACAUCUAGAUGUAAUUGGCUGAGCCACUGUUUCCGCUAACAACCCGUCAAACUGAUCCACAUAAUAAAGUGGUCAGAGAAUGUUAUGUGGAUUUCUACAUGAAAUAAAUGUGUGUAUAAUGUUCUGGAAGUUACCUUGCUUCAUUUGGACCUACCUAAAGGAGUAGUAAGACAUUGGACUCAAAAUGAAAUAAUCUUUUUAUAUAUAUAUAUAUAUAUACAAGAGUUGGUAAUAUUAUUUCCUUUUUUGGUUAGUAUGUUCCAAUACUGCACACAACUGAACCAGUAUGUAAAGUGUUAACUGUAUCUUGCCUCAAAGCUACGAUUACUACACUCGGUGAAAUUUUGGAGCAUAAAUGUGUUUCUACCUUUCUAGUAACAGAAGAUUUUCUGUUGUAAAUAUCAUCAAGAUGUGUACAAAUGUCCAAAUCUGAUUCUUGUGAAUGCUCAAAGGACAGAAACAAGUUGUGGUUUUGCUCUGUGAGAUAAUAACGGUGCUUUCAAAGACUGUUUCUCAGAUGUUGGAAGUCUGUCCUUAUUAAAUUUGGGACUGUUGAUACCUUGUACAUAGAGGGGAGAAAGAAAGUGAUACAGUAGCGUAAAGUCACUAAACAGUCUUGUGUUUCCAUCUGCUUCAGCUCUACAAGCUCUAUGAUCACUUUGUUUACUUUAUUAUCUACAACAGCAUACCCCAAUUAGCUGUGAACAAAGACUAUGUUGGGGUGUGUUUGUGUGUACUGUAUAUAUGUUUAUGGUGAUUUUAAAUCUUCCUUGACACAUUAAACAAAUUAUUAAACAUGUUUGGUCUAAAGGUCCAGUUGUGCAGUUGCUCAAAAGUUAUGCAUGACAUAUCUAGUAUUGUAUCCUUUUGUCAAUUAAAAGGACAUUGUCAUGUUUUAAGUUACAUUUCUUACUGUGAACAAAUUAACAUUACAAAACUGUUGAAAAUAAAUGUAUUUUUAUAUGUUUUUUAUUAUUAUUAUUUUUCUAUUUCGCAUGUUCCUGCAGUAUGUGUUCGGUAGGCGUAUGUGUGCAAAUACAUUGCUUAGACUAUGUCUAUGAUGUCGUGACAUAAUCCUGACAAAAAUAGUUCAAGAAGCUGUGUUCUUGCAAACCUUGCCCCAGUCUUAUCUGGAUAAAUGGUGCCUUGUAACAGGCAGUGUAUCAGCCUCAACAUACUGCUCUUAAUGAUCUCACAGAGUCUCUGAAGUCAGCUUUAAUGGGGAGAGGUGUGAUAACAGCCACAUGAAGAUUCCCAUCUGACAUUUAGACUGGGCUCCAUUUUACCUCUUUCGCUCAGUUAGUCUGGUACAGAUGGUUUCUGUUUUAAUGGGAACAAUUACAAGGCCGUGGACAACGAUGAGAAACGGAUGACUUUGUAAAGAAGAGCUACGAGCAUUAAGACUGCGUCCCCUCUUUCUUCUGGUAUGAGGAGAUCUGCUGCACAUUAAAAUGUCGCGCAAGCUGGCAGAACGGAGGACGGAAACUUCACACAGGCCCAUCUUCUGCUUUGCAUUUUGCUUGCCACUUCAACAACCGCGUCUCUCACACACAUACACCAAUCUCCAUCACUCAAACAGCCAUCAACGCCCCAAGAGUCUUAUUCUCGCCUGUGCUCUCAGUCUGAAUUAACACCAAGGCUUCUCUCUAACCGCCCUGGGAUGUUCUGCGGUGCACAAUCAAAUUGAACGGUGACAAUCACUAAUGGAUGAUUCGCUGCAGCCAGACACUGUAAUGUAGCACUCAAUGAAAGGAAACAUGCUCAUCAAUUUCACACUGUGGCUAACACAAUAUUGCUGUGGGUUAUUGUUGUGGGCCAUUUUUCAUUCAAGGUGCCAUCCGGAGUAGGAAAAUCUUCUUUGUUGACCGGGUACGUGUUGAUCUCCGGGAGAGGGGGUAAUUAAUUUGUUGCACAGUGGGAGAGCGAAGGAACCAGCCAAUUAGAAUCACUCCAGGAUACUCUGCACUGUUCAUUGUCCUCCCACUCUGCCCCUUUGUAACAAGAAAAUGGCUGCAGCGAAACUUUAGGCAUGCUAAGCACUUAUUGAAAGAAAAGGCACUAAACGUCCAAUCCAACAGAGAGAAAGUGUGGAGUCAAAGCUGUGUGUUUCAUACACAGAGGCAACAGAGAUCCUGGCAAAAAGAUUCACACCUGUUGAACUUUUCCUCAUUUUACAGCCACAAACAUCAACGCAUUUCAUGAGGAUUUUAUGAGUUAGACCACCACAAACUAGUGUAGAAUUCAGAAGCAGAGGGAAGACGAUGAGCAUAGUUUUCUAUUUUUUAACAAAUAAAAGCCUGAAAAAUGUACCAGCACUUAUAUUCAGCUUUCCUUAGUUAUGAUUUGUAGAAAGACUUUAAUGAGAGCUACACAAUUUUGGGUGUAUGUCUAAUGCCAGCAUCUACAUUUGUUGGAGAUAUGUGUUGUUACAGAGCAAACUCAUCAAACUACACAGAGUAUUUGUGAACAUAUUUUUUUAAGUCUUGCCACAGUUUCCUGUUUGAUUUAGGUCUGGCUUUUAACCCAGCCAUUGUAACAUAUAGAUAUGCUUUGAUCUAAAUCAUUCUAUUGUAGCUUUGGUUGUUUGUACAGAUUUGCCAUCCUACUACACUCUA